AUGGCUGUAGUGCUGAAGCGGGGGAUACUAAAGCGGCGGAUUUUUCAGUGGAUUAUAGAAUGUACGGCGGAUUUCAGGCGGAACCCAUAUGUACGGCUAUUUGAAACCACGGGUGAGCGGCUGCCUGUAGCGUUGAAGCUGGGUAGAGUUAAGCGGUGGAUUUUUGAGUCGAUUAUAGAGAAGUUUACAGGGGCUGUACCCAAUAACUCCGACGAUUCCAAGAGCCGUAUGCUGCGGUGGAACCCAUCUGUAAGGCUAUUUGAAACCACAGGUGCAGCAGCCCAAAAAUAUGGCAAUUCUGAAUGUCAGAAGGUACUUGAUAUGAUUCCUGUUCCUCCUCAACAGGCCUUCAGAGAGCAUUCCCAAAAUGAUGGAAACCACGGGGGCUCUGUCGUCAACAACAUUACUAUUAGUCAGAAUACAUUUUAUGCUACCAAUUCCAAGGGAGUAGGAAUUUCGCUUACUAAUUCUAGGGAGGUGGAAGAUAUACGGAAUAUGGUUUUGGUAAAUACUGUUUUUACUGGUUUGGGUUUCGCCUGGAAGCCAUUCUUUGAAUCAAGCCUCACAGAUCCUAUAGAGAAUAUUGAUACCAAGACCAUUGAGGACUUGCUGGAGCAGGGUGGUUUGGGUGAGAUUGAGAAGAAGAACAAGAGGAAGGCUGAUCUUUUGUACAACGCCAUUGAUGAGAGCAAAGGGUUUUACAGGUGCCCAGCCGAGAAGUCUGUGAGAUAG